UUUUCGUGCCGAUUGAGCCCUUGAGGGACGCGCAGUUUAUUCUCCUGCGCCGCAGCCACCUCCAGGACGCUGGCGUGCCCUGCCUUCUCCCCGGAGCUAAAAGUUUACAGAAGAAGCCAGCUAUGAGGACUCCUGGUCAUGCUAAGAAGGUGAAAAAUGUGACGAAUGAUGCAAUUGACGGCAAGCGGGGCAUGAUCUACAUUCCAGACCAGAAGAUUUCAAAAUUGACCUUAACAAAAGACAUAAAGGGUCUGAAGCGGGAGCGCCGUGACGCCAAGAAAAACAAGGGGCACUUGAAGAAGCAAAAGCUGAGGAAGAAGAAGAAGCCCGCUCCCAGGAGUGCAAAAUGAAGGCGAGUGAAAGCCAUGACUCAAGUGACACGCACCAGCUGAACCAAUUGUCUCCUUAGCGUCUUAACAUCGUCCGUAAAAUUUAAGCUUUGUACUGGCUACCUUAAAGUCACUGCCGGGUUUAAACACCUUAAUCAUCACAGCGAUCUUUUGAAAAUAGUUUCUGCCAAAUGCAAGGUCUUAUGUAUGGGUCUAGUGUAGUGUCAAAAACGCUCUUA